GCCGAGCAUGAUCAGGCGUGUUCACGUGAACAGCACACAGAAAGGUUUCUUCCACCAUUCCUCGGUGUGAUUCAUUCCAAGUUUGACUGCGAGCGGAGUCGUACCGUAACUAACAAACAGAAACAACAAGAUGGCGUUAGCACUAACACCUUCGGCUGCCACCAACAAGUCGGUCCUAGACCGCUACAUGAAGCUUGACCAGGGAGAACGGGUUCAGGCCAUGUACGUGUGGGUUGACGGCAGUGGUGAGGGACUGCGUGGAAAAACAAGAACACUGGAAACAGAGCCAAAGGAUAUUAAAGAACUCCCAACCUGGAACUUUGAUGGCUCCAGCACAGGACAGGCCGAGGGCUCCAACAGCGACAUGUACCUGAAGCCUGUGGCCAUGUUCAGAGAUCCCUUCCGUCUGGGGAAGAACAAGCUGGUUCUGUGUGAGGUCUUUAAGUAUGACUGGAGGCCAGCUGAGACCAACCACCGUCUCAAGUGUAACGAGGCCAUGCAGGCAUCGUUCGACUCCCACCCGUGGUUCGGAAUUGAGCAGGAGUACACCCUCCUGGACCACGAUGGACAUCCCUUCGGCUGGCCCAAGCAAGGUUUCCCCGGACCCCAGGGACCCUACUACUGCGGUGUUGGUGCCAACAAGGUGUACGGACGUGACAUCGUGGAGGCACACUACCGCGCCUGUCUGUACGCCGGAGUCAAGAUCGCCGGCAGCAAUGCUGAAGUCAUGCCUGCACAGUGGGAGUUCCAAGUUGGACCGUGUGAGGGGAUAGACAUGGGAGACCACCUGUGGAUGGCUCGUUACAUCCUCCACCGCGUGGCCGAGGACUUUGGCGUCAUCGUCACCUUCGACCCCAAGCCCAUGGUUGGGGACUGGAACGGUGCCGGUGCCCACACCAACUUCUCCACACUGGGCAUGAGGAAUCCUGGUGGCAUCAAGGACAUCGAGGAUGCCAUCGAGAGAUUGUCCCACAGACAUGCGUACCACAUCGCCAUGUACGAUCCCAAACAGGGCGCCGACAACGCUCGCCGUCUGACCGGUCUACACGAGACCUCCAGCAUCCACGAUUUCUCCGCAGGCGUGGCUAACCGCGGCGCCAGCAUCAGAAUACCCCGUCACGUGGGUGAGGAGGGCUGUGGGUACCUCGAGGAUCGCCGCCCCUCAUCCAACUGUGACCCGUACCUCGUUACAGAAGCAAUUGUGCGUACAGUUACUCUGGGCGAGACCGACAAGAAGUAAACAGUAGCAACACUGGUGUAGAACAGCCCUCUCAAAUCAUGUUAACAGCCUUGUUUUUUUUAAAACUCUGUAAUCCCUAUAAAUGACAUGUAUUUUGUCUGGUCAGCAAUAUGUGGACUUUUGAACAGUCCACUUGAAGUAAAAAGAUCCAAUUUAACUGGUACUGAAGUGAUAUGAAGUGUUUAUUUUACAUUGGAAGAACGUUGAAAUGGGACCAGAAUACUGAUAUGUUAAUAGACAGGAGUGAUAUGUAAUAUUCUUCGUAAGAAAUAAGGGGAAUAUCUUGUAAAUAUUGUUCUGGGAUAGGGGGGUGUAUUCAAUAUAGGUCAUGUGUACAUUACCUCAGAAUAGGUGGGAGGGGGGUGUUGUCUACUAGCUGUAUCAUCUUAAGGU